AUGUGGCUGGCCGGUGCCUCCCUGAUGGCUUCUCUGAUCGUCGCCACGGCCGGCUUGGUUAAGCCAGGGCUCCGGUGCCCGCAGCCAGAUCUCCCGCCUGAUGCAAUUGUUAGGCCACCGGGUACAAACGUUACCCUGCCAUGCCUAGAGGGGGAGCUAGAGAACACCACCACUGUGCACUGGAGGUUAAAUGGACAGAAUAUAAGUACGCAUCGUGGAAGGCUGCUGGUGGAAGGGUCCCGUCUUUUCCUGCUACCAGUCUAUGACAACGAUUCUGGCUUGUAUACUUGCCAUGCUGGUGGGCGUGUCCUCCGCUCUGUCCGCCUGCUGGUCGAAGAGCCUCCCCAGGUGCCAAAUUUCACCUGCUUCCGCAGGAGCGUCACCAAGGACAUCCUGUGCGAGUGGAAACCAUCCCGCCAGCUGUCUCCGCGCACCAAAGCCAGACUCUGGGUGGGAAAGGGGUUCAUGGGAGAGAACCAGAUGGAGCAGCAGUGCCGCUAUUACAGCAGAUCCCAGAAAGUUGCUUGUCGCGUCGCAGUGACUCACCACGAUGAAGACGUCUACCUACGGAUGACCAUGUGUGUCGCCAACACAGCAGGCACCGCUACGAGUGACCAAAAAUAUUGCCGGAUCGGCGAUUUGGUGAAGCCAGACCCACCAGAGAAUGUCGUGGUGACGCCCGUGGAGAAGGCCCCCCGCAAACUUCUUGUGACCUGGCGUUACCCCUCCUCUUGGGGCUCCAGGAUCUACCACCUCCAGUUCCAGCUCCGCUACCGGGCAGACAUUUCACAGACAUACUCGGAGGUUUCUCGAUUGGAGGUCACUUCCCAUGUGAUCGAUGAUGCCUUGCAAAACCUCCCCCACAGGGUUCAAGUGCGAGCCCGCGAAGAAUUUGACUACGGAACCUGGAGUGAGUGGAGCCGUGAAAGUACCGGGACACCCUGGACAGAACCCCCAGAGCCUGAGUCGGAGACGACGGCUUCGCACAUCCCAAAGGUUCCGGAUGAUUAUCCUUUUGUUACCUCGAAUGUGUCCACGACUCCUGAAUUCCCCAUUGACUCGGAGAAGCCAGCUGUGGAAGUUGCCGUGGACAUGUCUCUUCAUACGUUCCUCAUCCCAGCAGGCACUGUGAUCUUGGGUCUCGCCCUGGUGGUUGGCAUUGUCAUCCGGUACCGGAAAAAAUGGUGGAUGCCGUCUUCCGGAGAGGCAAAGCCGAAGGCCAUACCAUCGUAUUCCCUGGUUCCGCUGGGUUCGGGGCCCCCUCUGAGCUUGUCACCUCUCCUGUCCCCUCCUGCCUCGCCCGUCAGCGAGAGCUCUGUGGACAGCCCCAGGAUCCUGGGAAAUAGUCCCUAUGACAUUUCCAACGCAGACUACUUCUUGCUGCCCAGGUAG